AUGAGCAACUCCUCUGAGUUCAAUUAUCGUAAAGACUUGUUAGAAGAGGCAAUGCUCAAAACUAUUGUAGCAGUUCUGAUAGCUAUAAUCAUCAACUACAUCAAUGGGACCUUGCUGUACACUUAUUUCACCAACCAAACAUUCCACAGCAACUCCAGGUAUAUUCUGUAUGUACAACUAGUUAUAAAUGACAUGAUCAUGCUGUCUUGUACUGUGCUCAUGGUAGUCUUAGCAUAUCUUUCUUAUUUAAUCAAUGUGUCUUUCUGUAUCACACUGAUUCUAAUAGGCAUUAACACAUUUUUAAACACCCCUUUAACCUUGGCAGGAAUGGCAAUAGAGCGUUUUGUAGCCAUCUGCUAUCCUUUACAGCACCCAUUGAUCUGUACAGUACACAGGACUUAUUUGUUCAUAGCCUGUAUUUGGAUUGUGGGAGCCCUGCCUGGAUUUACAGAUCUGAUUUUAACCUUUAUUUUAAAUCCUUUGUCAUUUUUUCCAAUGACUAAACUUUGCUUUCGGCAAAAUAUUUUUACUUCCGUUUACCAUCAAAACAACAAUGUUGCCUGUAACAUCAUUUACAUGUGCUUUGUGUGGAUCAUAUUGUUCUACACUUAUUUUAAAGUGAUGUUUUCAGCUAAGUCUGCAGCCUCAGAUCAGGCUUUGGUUAGGAAAGCCCGUAAGACUGUUCUCCUGCAUGGGGUACAGCUGGCCAUCUGUAUGCUGUCCUUUAUGUCUCCUAUUCUAGAUUCUGGCCUCUACAUACUCUUCCCUCAAUCCCGUUCAGUCAUUUUAUUUUGUACUUACAUCAUAACCAAUAUGCUACCCAGGCUGCUAAGCCCUUUAAUUUAUGGGUUAAGGGAUCAGAAUUUCAAGAAGCAUAUGAAGAGAUCUCUUCUCUGUAGACGACCUAAGGCAAUGGUGAAACCAACAGCUGACCGACUACAAUAG